GGUAGAGAGAAAGAAAGAAUCUAUCAGACAAAACAAAACGUUAUUUCUUUGUAUGUGUGUGUGUGUGUCUCUCUCUCUCUCUCUAAAUAAUUCUUUCUUAUUUCUCUGUCAAUCAAAUCUUUCUUCUAUACCCUUCUCUCUCUCUAUCCCUGUCUCUCUUCCUUUCUUUUGUUUCUGUUCGUUUUGGUUUUUCAUGAUUUCUGGGCCUUUCUUUGAAAUCCCACAAAAGUUCCAUUCGUCUUCAUACAAUCUUUCUCGAGAAAAUCCAGUUUUUUCUUGAGAAAAUUGACUUUUCCUUUCGUUGCCUCAAGCCCACUAAAAUGUUUCUGCUUCUGUUCAAGGGAAAAGGACUGGUUUUGAUCAAUUGAAGGGAGAUUGAAAUGGAAGGUGAUUUAUUUUCAGGCUUAAGCAAUGGAAACCAAGUAGAUGGCAAGGUCUUGCAAACAUUCCAGAAGAGUUUUGUGCAAGUUCAGGAUAUUCUAGAUCAAAACAGGUUGCUAAUUAAUGAAAUAAACCAAAACCAUGAAUCGAAGAUCCCUGACAACUUGACUCGAAAUGUUGGUUUGAUUAAGGAGCUAAACAACAACAUUAGAAGGGUGGUUGACCUUUAUGCUGAUCUUUCGAACAAUUUCACCAGGUCAAUGGAACCUUCAUCAGAAGGUGAAUCAAGUGGGAUAUUGAAGACCAAUGGAAAGGCCAAUUCGAAGAGAAUUAGAUCCGGGUAAUCAAUUCAACUGAGCUUUCAUAGAGAUUCUCCACUUUAUUUCAUAGUAAAAAAUAAGAAGAGCAUUUUGAUAUUGGAGGAAAAAGAACUUGAUGAGGUUAUGCGUCUCUUCCUUGUUAGUGAUAUGUGAUCUUGAGGCUUUUAGCUUCGGUGUAAUUUCAAGCAAAUCCAUUGUAAUAACAAUUUUACAAAUUUACAUAAAGUUAUGUGUAAUUGUAUCAUCUUGUUGAUCAAUCUCAAUUAUGCAUCUUUAUUGCAUAUUGUAUUU